AUGGAGCCUUCCUCGAAGCGGAGGAGGCUGGCCCCGAAGAUCCCCGAUCCUCCGGCCGUGUCCACAUUUCAACCGCAUGCGCAAGCACAGCCCCUACCGCAUACAUUACCCCAGGACCAGAUAGCUCAACAACACGACCCUCCAACCGAAGCUGUGCCGCGACUGACAGAGCGCGAUGAGUUCGAAGCGUUCGCCCGCCAUCUCCAAGAUGCCGCGAUAUACAUCCAGCAGCAGACCCUUAAACCCAAGCAUACAAGCGUGUCGGUCUUGAUGUUACGAUGGGAGGAGGACACGUCAGUCGAGCCGGAUUUGCUGGCACUGGAAAAUGUGUUCCGCGAGCGAUAUCACUACCAUACUGAGAAAUGGGCCAUCCCUACGGUCCCGAAUCCGAGCAUUAAGCUUGGAGUCCAGAUGGCUUCCUUCCUAGAAAACGCGCGACCGGACCAUUUGUUGGUGAUAUACUAUGCCGGUCACGGUUAUGUCGGGCCCGAUAACCAGCUGUACUGGGCUUGUAACUCGCGCGAGGAUGCUGCCAAGUUGAAGUGGGACGGCGUCCGCUGUUUGUUCGAAGACGCCCAGUCCGAAAUUCUCCUUUUGAUCGACUCCUGCGCGGUCCGCGAUGCGCCGAUGGCCGGCAGCCACGGAGUGAAACAAGCAAUUGCUGCCUACACUCCAGACCAGAGCUCGCUGGAAGCUGGGCCACGCUCUUUUACUGCCACGUUAAUCGAGACUCUUCAAAAGCUCAGCAUUUCGGGUCGGCCUUUUGGUGUACAAAAACUUUACGACGAUCUACGGCAACAACGGCAACAGGAAAGCGCGCAGGCGCUGGUCAAACAAGCCAAUGGACCGACGAAGCCGAACCCAGCUCCCGUGAGAUCGCCCGCCUUCUUUACCCUGACGCCUGCGAAAGGCCAGGGGAUUAUCUUGUUCCCCCUGGAUCCGGAAACCGCUCAGCUCCAGUCACCGCCACAUUCCGCCGAGGCCGACGCCCCGAAUGCGUGGAGGUCUAAGCCCGAGUAUGGGUCUCUCAGCCCAGAAGAAGUUUUCGAUCUAACCUUGGACGAACAGAGGGUGCUGGUAUGCACCACGUUUGUCGGCGACGCUAGCCCCGACAUGGCUUUCUUCAACCAGUGGCUGCACAAGAUGCCGGCUAACGCUUCUAAAAUCACUGUCGAGGGCAUGUUCCUUGGACCGCCCACGAUGCUAUUGAUUUCGAUGCCACAUGGUGUCUGGAAUAUCGUUCAACACGACAAGGUGUGCUGCUUUUUGGGAUAUAUUAGCUCUCACAACAUGAUUCACCUCUAUCAGCGACUCGUCAACUCACAUCCCAGCGGCGUCCUGGGCGUCAAAGACAGCGAGGAUGGCCGUCCACUCAAGCGCAGUUCGUCCAUUCAUCGGGGUGAGAGCUCUGAUCAGUACCCUCCGGUUGCCAUGGAGACACCCCAGCAUCAAGCCGGGGCUGCUAGGCCUGGAGCUCCCGCUCAGGCUAGCCCCGAACAGACCACUUCGGUUGGCCCCAAAGAUGAAGUGGAAGACUCGGCGGAGAUGCAGGAGGCAGCGGAGCAGCUGAAGGCGUUGAGCCAUGUCCGGCACCUGGGAGGUGGCACCCCGGCGGCGCUUGAACGCCAGACAACCCGGAUAGGAGACAGCAUUGCCGUCAGACAUACCGAUGAUCCUGGCUCCCCGUCCGAAGGCGUCGGGCCAGGAGUGGGUGGUAAACUGUACGAGGCCGAGUACAACACACCAUCUGCCAAGCCAAAGGCGAGGAAACCGCUUCAGAAGCAAACCCCCAAACAAGAAGUCCGGUGCGACCAUUGCAGUCACGCCCCCUUCAAAGACUCCUCGUCACUCCGCAAGCACGUUGCGGCCGCUCAUACUCGACCCUUCCCCUGCGCCUUCUCGUUCGCCGGCUGCUCGAGCACGUUUGGGUCCAAAAACGAGUGGAAGCGACACAUUUCGUCGCAGCACCUGUGUCUGCAGUACUACCGGUGUUCGGCUUGCCCGCAGAGCAGCGGCGCCGACGGGAAGGGCAACGAGUUCAACCGCAAGGAUUUGUUUACGCAGCAUCUCCGCCGCAUGCACGCACCCUUCGCCAUCAAGAAGGCGAUUUCCAAGGGCGAUAGCAAAUUGCAGGCCGAGUGGGAAGCCCAUGUCAAGGACAUGCAGGCGAGCUGUCUUGUCACAAGGAGGCAGCCGCCGCAACGGUCGGCUUGUCCCAAGCCGGACUGCCAGACUGUGUUUGAGGGGUCCGGGUCGUGGGAUGAAUGGACGGAGCAUGUUGGGAGGCAUAUGGAGAAGGGUGAAGCUAAUCGGAUGGGCGUUGAUAGGCUUUUGGCGAAGUGGGCGCUGGAUGAAGGCAUUAUUGAGAGUGUUGUGAAUGGGGAGUAUAGGCUCUGUGGCCAGAGCAUGAAUGGGUCGGGCCCGAUCGAUCUCGGUCCCGUGAGUACUAACGGUGGUAAGGCUCCCUCGGAUAGUGGGAGGAAAACGGAGGAUGAUGACGAUCCGUCCAUUACGGUUGCGAUGCCGAUGUCGGUUGCUGGCGAUAUCGAUGUUGACUAA